AUGUCGAUCGUUUUCUCGAAAUUUCUUCUGCUCUUCACCGUCAUCACAAGCUACCUCGCAACUCUAACAACAUCGGUCACUUCACCAACUCUUCAUGGAGAUGAAUUGAAUGCGCUAAAGGAGAUAGCUACUACACUUGGUAUCAAGGGACUGAACCUAAGCUAUGGAGACCCUUGUAAUAUAAGAACUCUAAAGAUCACACAAAAAGUUGAUUUUGUUCAUAAUACGGAUAUCAACAAUACCAUUCUUUGCGAUUGUAGCUUCAACAACAACACGAUAUGUCAUAUUACAGAAAUAUUUCUCAAGACAAUGGGUCUUCCUGGGAAACUUCCGCCUCAGUUGGUCAAGCUUCCAUAUCUCCGGUCGAUUGAUUUGUGCAGGAACUAUCUCUCGGGCACAAUCCCAACGGAGUGGGCUUCACUGCCAAACCUCACUUACAUUUCUCUUUGUGCGAAUAAUUUGUCUGGGAAAUUACCAAUUGGGUUACAAAAAUUUAAGAAUCUGACAUUCCUAGGGCUCGAAGCCAACCGUUUCUCUGGUACGAUUCCUGAUGGGCUUGGUAGCUUGACUAGCCUAAUAGGAUUGGAACUUGCGUCCAAUCAAUUUACAGGAAUCCUUCCUACCACUCUCUCUAGACUCGUAAACCUUGAAAGAGUAAGGAUAUGUGACAAUAACUUUACUGGAACCAUCCCAGGAUAUAUUGGCAACUGGUCUCGCCUUGAAAAGCUACAUCUAUAUGCAAGUGGACUGAAAGGACCUAUUCCUGAUGCAGUCACCCGCCUAGAAAAUCUUACUGAACUGAGUAUUAGUGAUACGACUGGGAUAAAUUCCUUUCCGAUUAUAUCUAGCAAAGUCAUCAAACACCUGAUUUUGAGGAAUGUGAAUUUGUCUGGUCCAAUUCCUUCUUACAUCUGGAAUUUGACAUCCCUAAAGACUCUGGAUUUAUCAUUUAACAACUUAACCGGUGAAGUUCAAGGAGGACAAAAGACUCCAACAUUUACCUAUUUGACUGGCAAUAUGCUUUCUGGUUACAUUGAAUCUGGCGCUUUACUCAACAGUAUACCUAAUAUUGAUCUCUCUUACAACAAUUUCUCAUGGUCGCCUAGCUGCCAGGAAAAGAGUAACAUUAACACAUACAAUAGCUCGUAUUUGAAGAAGAAUUUAACUGGGCUUCUUCCAUGCGCUGGUUCAAUCAACUGCAAGAACUAUGAGCGAUCACUACACAUAAACUGUGGUGGAGAAAGUGUAAAUGUUACAAACUCCUGGGGUAAAAUAACAUAUCAAGCUGAUAACAGUCAAACUGACGCUGCAACAAAUAAGGUCUUGGAAAACUGGGGAAUCAGUAACACAGGUUCUUUUACCGACGAUGCAAGUGAUCAUGAUAUGUACUUUGUUUCAGCAGCACCGGGAGAUCUUUAUGACCUUGAUAAGAAUACACGUCGAUCUGGAGUUUCUCCUGAUCUUUAUAAGACUGCACGUCGAUCUGCUCUCUCUCUAACUUACUAUGCAUUCUGCUUGGAAAAUGGACUGUACAAUGUGACACUCCAUUUUAUGGAGAUUCAGUUUUCAGAAAAAGAAUUAUACCAUCAUGUCGGUAGGCGCAUAUUUGAUGUCUACGUUCAGGGAGUAUUGUUCUUGAAGGAUUUUAAUAUUAAAGAGGAGGCGAAUGGGACUCUAACUUCUCUUGUGAAAGAAAAAAAAGCUGUUAAUGUGACCGAUCAUAUGUUAGAGAUUCGGUUGUAUUGGGCUGGGAAAGGGACAACACUCAUUCCCCAAAGAGGAAAUUAUGGUCCUCUUAUCUCUGCAAUCUCCUUGUGUCACCACAGUCUGGAGCCACAAUGUGGAGCGGAGAAAAUAAAACAUCACACAAAUUAUCCCCUAAUUUUUGGAGCAACUGGUGCUUUGAUAACAAUUAUUCUCGUGGCUUUGGGAAUAUAUGCAUGCAGAGGAGACAAGAACAGCAGAGAAAGAGAUCUGAGAGCCCAGGGUCUGCAAACUGUUUGCUUUACAUGGAAGCAACUGCAAGUUGCAACAAACAAUUUUGAUCAAGCCAACAAACUUGGAGAAGGAGGUUUCGGAUCCGUAUUCAGAGGAGAGCUGCCUGAUGGAACUAUCAUAGCAGUCAAGCAGCUAUCUUCCAAAUCAUGCCAAGGCAACCGCGAAUUUGUGAACGAGAUAGGCAUGAUUUCAGGUCUGAAUCAUCCAAACCUUGUGAAGCUUUAUGGAUGCUGUGUCGAAAAGAAUCAGUUGCUGCUCGUGUAUGAGUACAUGGAAAAUAACUCCCUUGCUCUUGCGCUUUAUGGAAAGAGUUCCUCAAAAUUAGACUGGGUUGCGAGACAAAAAAUCUGUGUUGGAAUCGCAAGAGGGCUUGAAUUCCUUCACGAAGGAUCCAUGAUCAGGAUGGUCCACCGUGACAUAAAAACCACUAAUGUGCUUCUAGAUGCUGACCUUAAUGCAAAGAUAUCUGACUUUGGUUUGGCUAGGCUCCAUGAAGAAGAACACAGUCACAUUAGCACCAGAAUUGCAGGAACCAUCGGAUAUAUGGCUCCGGAAUAUGCACUAUGGGGUCAGUUGACAGAGAAAGCAGACGUGUACAGCUUCGGGGUUGUGGCAAUGGAAAUUGUUAGUGGGAAGAGUAAUAUGAAACAGAAGGGAAGUGCUGAUCACUUCUCGCUUAUUAAUUGGGCGCUGACCCUGCAACAGACAGGGGACAUAAUGGAGAUCGUAGAUCCAAUGCUCGAAGGUGAUUUCAACAGCAAAGAAGCAGUAAGGAUGAUAAAAGUUGCUCUUGUUUGCACAAACUCAUCUCCUUCCUUAAGGCCGACAAUGUCAGAGGUUGUGCAAAUGCUCGAGGGAGAGCUGGAUAUAACACAGGUUAUGUCAGAUCCUGGUUUAUAUGGACACGACUUGAGCAUCUCAAAGCUGAGGGACAAUGAUACACAUGGUAGCUCGAGCACGUCUGGUGUGACCGAUCAAACAACGACAUCGAAAUCCUCGGUUUCUGGUAAUGAUCUCUACCCAUUAUACCCAGAAUCCGCGAUCCUAUUCUCCACAGUAGAAUCUUCUUCCUCGUCACUGUAA